AUGGACGCGGACUCGGCAUUUGUCCGACUCAACAGCCGUUUGGUGCGAUCCCUGUCUGUAAAUGCCGUUCAAGACCCGGACACGAUUUCGCAUACGCCUUUGUUCCGUGAUACUUGGAGCAGACAAGCGCUGAAUUUGACCAUGAUCCAAUACCGUGGCUCGACGAAGUUCGGCGAGAACAUCUUGCAAAUCGAGCAAUUCAAUGACGUUCCAGUUCGGUGGACCUCCGAAAAGCUCACCUUAUUCUUGGUGCUAACCAGCAGCUCUUUGAUUGUUUACGCCGAGCAAUCCCGAAAUUUUAAGGAAGCCUACAUUUCUAUUGCUGAAAUCAACGAUUUUAAUUCGGCCUUCAAAAUGAGCAUAUCUACGAUGCUCGAUGAACUUACGAAAAGCGUCCGACGAGUGGUCGCUGUUGCCGAACGAUCGUACGAUUAUCAGAAAUGGUCCUUGCAUUUAUUCGACGUGGACGCGAUUUUUGGGGCAAUACGAACGAAAAAGAUUGAAAACCUGAAUGCCUUUGGUGACCUUCAGUUUUUGGAUAAUCCGCGUCAUGACCACCCAGUGUUGUGUCUCACGAGUCAAUAUCCACUUGGUCCAAAUAUGACUCAUGUCUUGGAUUUCUAUGCGCUUCAUUUUGAUAAUGGAAUACCGACUGCGAGGUGGCUGGAAAAAUUCUUCGUCCACAACGGGACACUGGUGACCAGUGCGGAACACGGACGAGUGUUGUAUGUGGCAUUCGUGGAGCCUCAAAACGUGGUCGUGAUCACAAAGGAUAAAAAAGAACUGAAGCCACGCUUCUUGCAAUCUCUGGAUCUCCCGUCUGAUCGUGGCUCAGUUCAACAAGCGACCAUGAUGCCACUUCCGGUUUUGCCAAAACUGAUUGUCACCAUGCAACGGAGUUUGGUUGUCUUCGGACUGAAGACGCAAAUGUUUCAUCUGCAGAAUGAGAUUCUCGCGAAUCCACCGACGGCGGAAAUUCUCGGCUUUGUGCCGCUGAAGUUCGACUAUUGCGGCUCAUUUUUUGCCUACCUCCAGGAAUUGCGAAUAGACUCGGCUUCUAGCCAAGUGUCUGUUGACAUCGGCACGCUCGAGGAGUCUGAUAAAGGACUUACUCUGCGACGGGCACAUAUGGCGUCUCUGCCUUGUUUUGACGAACAUUCGCAACCCAUUGCUUGUGACAAGAUUUCCGAAAUGGAUUUCCGAACUUUCACCGUUUCAAGCAACGGCCUCAUCGCCGAAGUGGCGGCGGAUUCCAUUGUUCCUGGGACAGAUUCCGUGCUUUUCUUCGAAGUCCGUGCCACCAUAGUGGACCAGCCGAACCCAGCACUGGCCAGCUUCCACGCAAUGCGAUCGAAAUUGGAGUCUUUGGACAAUGGAUUCAACGGAGCGGUUGAUCAGUUGAACAAGUUUGAGGAGGGCAAGGAUGAUUGCGUGGAAUCCGAUGACCAGCUUGUGCAGAUUCUCACCAACUCGACUAUAGAAAACGUUUACGUCCAUGAAAAUACGUCGAUUAAAGGAGAGUGGGAUUCAAACUUGACACAAGUCAAUGUGAACAUUUCGAGGUUUGAUAACGAAACAGCCAGGGAUCUUCAAACCACAGUCAUGCAGCUGAUCGACGCAUUAACUGGUCUUCAGCGGAAACUAGAUUCUGCCGAAAACGCGACCAGUGUGCCGAGCACGACGUCCGCUGUGAUCGAUGAUCUGAUAGUCGCGGAUAAGCCAAAUUUCCCCAAGAAUUACAUUCUGGUCGAUAAAAAGCCGAGUGUCGUUGAUUCCCGACUAACGAUGUCAGGAUUGUUGGAGUGCACCGCUGCUACUGUGUCCAAUUUGAAUGGGAGAGCUGAUCCUAAUUUUAUGUCUCGGAAUCAGCCCGAGCUUGUUUUCAAUGCAUCCGUCGGAUUCAAUGAAGCAGUAUUCACGAACGUCGUCGGAUUGAUCCAGUCCGAGGACUCGUUGGGAAACUCUCGCCCUCUGUCGCCAGAUGGCCUCGUCUUUGCUGAUCAGCACGUGGACUUCUCGUGGGAAGUGUUUGCGUCUGGACCGGUGUGGAUAAAAAAUCUGAACGAUACGACUUCCACACUGGACUCAGAGAAAAGUUCACUCCACAGUCGAUUGACUAACCUUGUCCCUCGCAACGAUCUAACACCGCACACUAUCACUUCUUCCAAAGGAUUUUCUGACAUGAUUGUUGCUAGUCGAAUUAUGGACUGUGGAAGUGAAACUACUGUGAAUGAUCUUGGGAAUGUGCAAACCUUUCGUGACAAAAGUGUCCGAAAAGCUUUGGCGCAAGUGCGGUUCUCUGAGAUCGAAAUCAACGGAACUGUGCGAAUUUCCGGGUCUUACAAAUCUGAAGACCAUGACCAACCGUACGCUCCCGUCAUGCAAAGCAACUCGACUCCCACGUACGGCCCACAGUUGAAAUACAUUAUCGGAAAUCUUACCGUGGAUACCGCAGUUCUAGAAUCAGUCUGUGGUGUCAAAUUUCCUGACGGGAUAAUUCCUCUGGAUUCCUCGCUUCCCCGGCGAAAUUUAGGAACAGUAGUGUUUCCUGAAGGGAUCAGGACUUCUAACCUGCAAAUGCUGAGCCUUAAUGAUAAACCUGCUGAGCAGCAGUUGAUGGCUGGUUUGACACCAAAGAUAGACACGUGGACAGUUGAUUCGUUGGAAGUUGGGCCCGCAGUCACGCUGACUGUGAACCAGUCGCUGAAGGUAGAAAUGGUGAAUCAUGAACCUGCAGAAAAAAUAGCACAGACUGUCAUUACCACGAACACGGCGAGCCUCCAUGAUUUCGGAAAUCUCAAUGUUUCGGUGUUGGAAGCGAAGCACGUCGAACUGCCCGUAGGGCAUGUGUUGACCAACCUCAUGCGUUACAACGAGUCGCAGUCCUUAACUGGUCCGAUUACAUUUAAUUCGUCUGUGACUUUGGGAAACGUAUCGACGGAGAAAUUGGCAACGUACAACUUCACGGCCCUCGACAGGGAAGCUGUGCCUUGCUCGGCAUCUGCAACAAAAUCUGUCAAUCCACAAUUGCGUUUCGUUGGGGAAAAACUGAACUUGGAAUCGGCGAAAAUUAACCGAGCAAUGUGUGGAUUUCAGAUCAAUGAGUUUGUUUUCAAAGAUGACACGGAAAUUCAAUUCAGGACUCCAGUGAUGGCGUCAAAAGUGGAAAUUCAUGGUAACGUCUUCUUCUCCGAAAAAGAAAAUCCUCAGUUUGACAGAUUUCUCCGGGACCGAAUGAAACUCCGGGGCGAGGAGCAAAUAAUUGCCAAAAGCUUGAUUCUUCCUGAUCUUGUCGCCGAAAAACUCGCCUAUAGGACCUUGAAUGGAAUAACUGCGGAUCCCACGGCAUUUUCACAACGUGUCACGGUGAAUGGAUCCUUGAACAUUGAAGUCUUGAACGGAAGGGCGAUGAAGAAUCUGCUCACAAGCAAAAAUGCCGAUCAAAAAAUCACGAUCACUGGGACUAUGAAUGUAUCUAGCGAAGGAACCACUGCUUUGGCCGGUGAAAUCCAACUGGGAACAUUGGCUUCCUCUUCAGUUGAGGAGUUCACGAUUUCAGCGCUGGAGGCUCUCGCUGCCAAAAGUAGUGAAACCAUGUCAAGCACAAUGGUGGAUGGAUCUAAAGGUGUGACGAUCAUCGACUCCGAAGAAUUUGCAGUGCGUCAUCUUUAUUGUUCACAAUUGAACGGCGCUCCUCUGGAUUCCAGUUUGAAUUCAGCAGUAAACCUAAAUGCGUCAGAAAACCUGAAGAUCAAUGUCAUCGUUUCGAACCUGGCAUUGAGUCCUGAUGUACCGAGCACAGCGGCGAAAUUGAACAGCAAACCUUGGGGCAAAAUUUCUCAGCAAGCUAUUCAUUUACCUGGAAUCUUCAAACCGAACUUCCUCGCAUGCACAAAUAUUGAAGUCGAGGAGUUGAACAUCACCGGAAUUUCUGGUAUAGAUUUCGAUCUCCAAUGUCAAAAGUUGGACCAGCCAAUCAACGCGGAAGAGAGCGUCUGGACUUUCACUGACAACAUAAAUGUCACCCAACUCGACGCUGUCGUGAAAAAUUUCGAUAUUAUUAACGAUGCUGUAAUCGUGCCAAUCAACGCCGAUCAGCCUUUGAAAUUGAAACAGCUCAACAUGAAUGGGGCCGUUGUGCUCUCCAACCUCAGUGCAGACAACGUGGGACGAAUGGAGAACUUCGCAAAAUCGUUCAAGAAUAUCAUCAAGGUUGAGUUACAAUUUCCCGCUGACCGGCAAAAAACUUCCGCGGAACGGCGCCGGUCUGCGGGUUGGGGAACACUGAAAAAAUCGGACGAAGCUCAAUCCAUAGCUGAGACCAAAGUCGUGGAGCGCGACUUGACCAUCAUGAAUUCCACGGAAGUAAUGCGAUUGUGCCAAUGUGGUGAAGCGCCGGAUUAUCAAGAGCAGUAUUGUAUUUCCCCUUCAGAAAUUGUGCCGCAAAAUUCUGUCGUCCCCGUCAGGAUUAAAGGAAAUAUCAGGGGAUCUUCUUGGCAAUCUGGCGGUCUUCACUGUUCAGAGUCGUUCAAUGGUCAUCCAACGAAUGAACUCGUCAGCAAGUUGUUGCGCACUGAUAAUCCACCAGUGCUGAAUGAUACGAUCGUCGUGAAAAACAAUGCGACACUUCGAGCUCCGAUUGCGGCUGAUUCGCGGAUUUUCGUCAAGGGAACUUCGACUUCGCUGAAGGCCAUUCAUGAUGGACUAAUUGUUGCUCGACAGGAGGAAAAACAAAGAGCAAGAAAACUGCAGGUUCAGCUCCAGGAGUUGUGCGGCGAAUGGACACGAAUCCUUGGUGAAGUUGGAGGCAGCGCCAAAAUUAUUGACUCGUUCGAACUGGCCAUGGUUGCAGGAAGCCCUGGUAUCCCAAUCAAAGCUGCUGUCAUGUUCGAGUUUGACGGGGCGGUGAAUGUUUUGGCAUGUCAUGCAAGCCCUCUUGAAAAUUUGAAACCCGGACAUUGUCGGUUCUGUCGCCUGCACUUCAACAACUUGGGUGCACUGCAUCCUACAAAUGCUUUAUUGGUGGAUAUCGAGAGUUUCGUGACGGGUAUCGAUUUUUUGCAUCACGACGGCGAACACCUUUUCGUGGUAUCUACGGAUUCGGGUCCCUGGGAUUGCGAUGCCAACCAGGCUCAGAUUUCGCUUUACCGCUUUCGUUCCCCGUAUUUCACGCUAUUGGCUAAAUCGAAGCUCAGUUCCACAAGACCGAGAAAGGUCAAGCUGAGUGACUUUGAAGGAAAAUUGAAAGUGCUGGUCGCAGCCGAAGACGGUUUGACAACGCAUGAAAUACUCUCCGAUGAUCUCAGAGGCCCUUAUGAAUUCCGCACCGUAGGCCAGAUUAUACCAGCGAAUGGGGAUUUUGAUGUUCGAGCCGCAGUUCCAGAUAAUUCGCUCAUCACAUUUGCUGCUAAAGUGAAUGAUCGAAGUACCGAAAUUUCCCUUUACAAUCAAGAUGGGUUCGCACUAGCUGAGCGCUUUGCAACCAGCCCAGUUUUACAAGCUUUUGAUGUUUUCCCGUCUGCAUUUGGUACAAAAUUAGUGUCGGUCGAGCGGAACUACCAACCAAAUAUCAAAAUUCCACUUGUACAGGUGGUGCAUGUGAUGAGAGAUACUGAAGGGUACCGGAAAGCAGCAGAAAUCCAGAUCUAUUUACGGGAAUUGCCCGAUACCCACAACCUCAGACAUCCGGUGGAUGCUAAGGGAUUCAGCAUUACAAAUGAUGUUACUUACUUGGCGAUUGCUGUUGAUGGAACGAGCAUAUCGAUCCAUCAAUUACUUGGAUCCUCUGGAGCUGAAGAGUUGCUCAACGUGCACGCAAAAGACAUUGUGAAAUUACUACCGGUACUCAAAAUUGGCUCAACUGUGUAUUUGGGAGCAUUAACAUCGAAAAACGAUAUCUUGGUUUUCUCGUCGAGGAACUUGGGCAAAUCCCGACCAGAUGAUAGCCAAGUUUGCCAAGUGGGUUAUGCUAGUGGUGAAUCGCUGCUGCAAUCCUUCAAUUCGGAGGCUUCUUCGGGAACAGUCAUUGCCCAGAGGGAAGCCAUCAGUUCUGCCCAGACACCUCUGGAAAAGUUUGCUGAGUUGGCUAAAUUGGGAGUGGCCCUUUGGCUCGAGAAGUCAGCGGUUCCGGGGGUUUUCAACGAGAAGAAGACGACGUUGGACAAAAUUUUAGAAUGA